AUGAAGGUUCAUGUUGUAUCAAAAGAGAUCAUUAAACCUUCAAAACAAACACCUCCACAUCUUAGAAAUUUCAAGCUUUCAUUUCUUGAUCAACUUCUUCCGCCGUUCUAUUUUCCCGUAGUUGUAUUCUACUCGGCUAAUGAUGGUCAUGAAUCAAAUAAUAAUGAUCAAAGAAGUAAAGCUAAUAUACUCAAGAAAUCUUUAUCGGAAACCCUGACACGCUACUACCCAAUUGCGGGUAGAGUAAGAGAUAACAUCUUUGUAGAGUGUAAUGACCAAGGCGUAGACUAUAUCGAAGCGAAAGUUAAUGCUGUAAUGUUUGAUUUUAUGAAUGUCGAUGUAGUUCAUCAACUCCACCCGUCGUACAUUGUGUUCGACGAUGUAGCUAAAGAAGCGCAGUUAGCAGUUCAAGUCAAUUUGUUUAAUUGUGGCGGAAUCGCAAUUAGUGUAUGUUUAUCACACAAGAUAGCUGAUGGAUCUGCACAAAUGACAUUCCUUAACAGUUGGGCAGCCACUGCUGGUUUAGCACCUGACAAACAAAUCGUGUAUCCAACUUUUGAUUCAGCGGCUAUUUUCCCAGCCCUACCACCAGGAGUUCAUGUAUCAUCACUUGAGUCAGAUGAUUCCCUCCAAGGAAAAAACGUCGUUACGAAACAGUUUCUAUUUAGUGCUUCUAAGAUCACUGCCCUUCGUGCACGGAUUGCUACUGAAUCAAGAAGUAGUAACAUUUUAUCAAAGCAUCCGACUCGUACUGAAGCAGUAUCGGCUUUGGUGUGGAAGUCGUUCAUGGAGACAAGUAGAGUGCAAGUAAGCCGUGAAUUCGCCUUAUCAACAGCAGGAGAAAAACCCAUCAUAAGGUCUAAAGCAAACUUUGCUGUAAAUCUGCGAACAAGGUUAAAUCCACCAUUGCCUCAACCAUCAUUCGGCAAUAUUAUGAUGUAUGCAACAGCAGAGUCAACGGUAAUUGACCAUGAUGAGAAUACUCUGGGGUUCGCGGAACCGUUACAUGGUUUCAUAAGCCAACUGAGGUUAGGCGUAAGUAAGAUCAACGAUAUGAAUACAUACGGAAAUUACAAGAAGGUGAUGUUGAGUUCAUAA